AUGCAACAAGCCGAGACACUUCCACAUGAAUUGGAGGAAGAGAUAGUCUCUCAUCUUCCAACAAAAAUUCUCGCUCGAUUUAGUUCUGUUUGCAAACGAUGGUACACUCUUUUCAAGGAACGGAGAUUCUUUAACAACGAUUUGGGUCUCGCCCGUCCACAAUUCAUCUUUUUUACGGUCGGGUCCAAGAUUAUUUCCGUGGACGUUAAUCUUGAAGGUCCAUCUAUAGAGGUAUAUAAUUUACCCUCACAUAUUCAUUCACUUUCAGGGCUGAGCAUCGAAUAUUGCGACGGGUUGUUUACUUAUUUAACGAAUAAAGGGAUCGGGGUUUGCAACCCAUGGUUAAAACAGAUUAGAUGGAUUAGAUCUAAUGGACUAUUUCAUCAUUUUAAUGGGAUGGGAUACGACAAUAGUAGACCUGGCAAGCACUACAAGAUCUUAGGGUCUAUUAACCACCGUGUUCCUGUUACAAACACAAUGUUCUUGGAAGCUACAGUCACCGAGAUUGGAUCCAAUAAAUGGAAAUCGUACGAGUUUGCGUCCAAGAUACGGGAUAUUACGUCGCCUUAUAGUGUAUCAAUGAAUGGAAAUUUGUAUUGGAUUGCUAUUAAUCGUUCUCGUGAGCAGUAUAUUGAAACUUUUGAUUUUUCUAUGGAGAGAUUUAAACCAUAUUGUAUAUUGCCUACCAAAACUGUGUAUCAAUACCAUUCUAGAUUACUUGCGGUAUUUCGGGAAGAUCGGUUUUCGUUUUUAGAGCAAGAGUACUUCAGGAAAAAUAUUAAGAUUUGGGUGACAAAAGAAAAGAUUAAGAAUGGGGAUGGAGAAGCUGUAGAGUGGGUGAAUGUGAUGAGUGUGUUAGUUCCUGAAUGGUCGAGUUUAGUAGUAACAUACCCGCUAAGUUACUUCAUCAAUGAAGAUAAAAGUCUCAUGAGUCUUGUAAUAUGUUGUAAUAAUAAGGAGGGAAAACCUUAUAUUUAUAUCGCCAAGGGAGAUAAGUUCCAUGAAUUUGAAAUAAAAGAUUUGGUUGGUGAAAUGUAUGGUCCUUGUACUUAUUUUCCUAGUUUGGUCCAAGUUCCUACGUUCACGAUGAGCGGUAGGAGUGUAAACCAACAGCAGGAGGUCGAUUCCCGUUUCGCACUCCCGAGGGGAAUACAAGUGAGCGUUGGAGUUAGAGGAGAUGAGUGGGACGAUGGUUCCUUCGACAAUGUAAAUAAAAUAAUUGUAGAUUUUAAUGAUCUUGGAGUCAUCUUUAUCAAGUUUUACUACUGCAACGGUUACGUAGUUGUAGCCGGAGACGCGCAUGGGGAUUCGACGACCGAGACUAGAACGAUUAUAGUUGCUAAAGACGACUAUAUUGAAGCCGUAGAGGGGACAUACACUGAGAGUCACAUCACCUCUAUCACGUUCCGGUUGCACAAGGCCGGCAAGUACAAGUCCCUACAGUUAGGAUUAUUAGACGGUAUGUAUACCUUCCUCCUGCUGAAUCAACCUCACUCACCAGGCUCCAAGAUCAUCGGAUUUUAUGGAAGAAGCUCUGAUGUCCACCUCACCGCUCUCGGCGUCCACCUUUGCCCCUUUCCCUAG